AUGGCCCCUUUUGCAUAUGAGUUUCGGGGAAAUGACGGGCGUGACCGCGACCGAGUUCGAGACGAUGGCCCGAUUAGAGACAAACAAAGAAGAAGAGACGGAGAUCGUAAUAGGCCUCCACAGCAUCAAUUUACUUUUCGCUUCACUCCAAAGCCUACCUCCGAACGUCCAUUGUUGUCGCGCCAACGUGAAACUACGCCAGAACUCCUCGGCAGCCAUCAAGAUGGUCAUGAUAAACUACAAUUAAAAUUUGCUCAUCCCGAUGAGCUCACCGACAGCGAUGAGGCGGACAUGGAAGAGUCAUCUUCUGAAGAUGAUGACAGUGACUCAAAUCCACCCCGGAAGAAGCGUGCUGUUCAACCGGCACCCACCGCUGCUGUUGUGCCUCCCAAGUGGUCCAAUCCAGAUCCAUAUACUGCGCUGCCUCCUCCAGACGAGACGCAGACUAAACGUCCCGAUUUUGUCAAACUUAUUCGCAAGGCACGUAUUGCUGCAGCCUCAGGACCUUUGACCGGUGGUGACGCCGUGACCACCAACGAAGACUUUAUAUCUUUUGGUACCGAGGAUGACGAUCUCGUAGACGAGAACCUCCCUCCAGUAAAUGCCCCUUCUGGCCCAAAGAAUAAUAAGCAGCGGGUUGAAGAUGUUGGUGCAGGAAAGAAACGCACACGAGAUGAUCAAGUUAAAGUUUUCACAGGAAAGUUUGGGAAGGUUGGCUUUACUCCGCAAGGAGAUAUUAUUAGCGUAUGGAAGGCACGGCCGUCUGACAACCAGACCCCAUGGCUCGAGUUGAUGGAGCCUACAAUGCAUCUUGGUACUAGACUUCAUAACGAGAUUCUUGCAUUCUAUGACUGGGUUAAACCUCGACCUUAUGAGGACAUGAUUCGGAAAGAUCUCAUUCAAAGAAUUCAAUAUGUUUUUGAUUCCCAGCCAAAAUUUCGUGGCAUGGAGGUCCAAUCAUUUGGAUCGUUCGCAUCAGGGCUAUAUCUUCCUGUGGCUGAUAUGGACCUAGUCUUGCUUUCGCCUAAUUUCAGACGAUAUGGAAGAGAAAGUUUUAUCCCAUACAGAAGGAGCCAAGGUGGCAGAAUCUCGAUAUAUGAAGUCGCCAGAGUUGUCGAGAGGGCGGGUGUAAUAGUCUCGGGGUCAAUGGAAAUUAUCUCCGGUGCCAGGGUUCCCAUUCUCAAAUGGGUUGAUCGUUUAACCGGCCUCAGGGUUGACAUGGCCUUUGAUAACGACAGCGGCAUUCGUGCCAUCCAGACUUUUAAAAAGUGGAGGGAAGCAUACCCGGCAAUGCCCGCUAUUGUUGCUAUUGUGAAACAAUUUUUGCUCUUACGAAGCUUAAAUGAGGUUCCUACGGGCGGGUUAGGUGGAUUUUCCAUCAUUUGUCUGGUUGUUAGCUUGCUACAACACAUGCCUCAUCGCUUGGACGGUCAUGGCCCUUCUCUCGGCAGCGUUCUUAUGGAUUUCUUUGACUUUUAUGGAAACAAGUUUGACUUCUCAUCAGUUGGAAUUAGGAUGGAACCACCUGGGUAUUUCAACAAGGUUGUCUACAACCACGAGAAGAAGGCCCGGUUAUCAAUAGAGGACCCUAAUCGGCCAGAGAAUGACAUUUCCGUGGGCACGAAAGAGAUUGGCCUAGUAUUCCGCUGCUUUUCCAAAGCCUACGACGAUUUGAAAUCCAGAAUGACAUUGCUCGCUACUUCGCAGAAUCAAACAAAAGUUUGUUUUUUGGAUACCAUCAUCUCGGCAUGUUAUGAUGAGUAUACGGAUCAGCGCGCUCAUUUGCGUUCAAUCUUCGAGAAUGAAGCUAGGUUCAUUCCAUAUCUCCGAAUGCUCACUCCUCCACCUCCGCCCCCAGAUAGCCCGUCGGAAUCUGAAUAUGACCCAGAGCAUGCGCCUGUUCCUCCCCCACCUCCUGUCCCAACGAAUUCUGAAAUAAAAAUCAAGGGCAUUAGUUCUUCUAAUAGCAGCGAUGACAAGGUAGCUAUUAAGCGCCAGAAGAAGCAAAAGAAGAAAGGCAGCAAACAAAAAAAACAGAACAAAGUCAGCAAGAAGACUUGA